UCUCUCUCCUUGAAAAUCUAGAAAAACAUGAAGUUCUCUCUUCCUCACCACAAGAGAGCAGAGAGGCAGUACUGGUACAUGAACCCAGGAAGUCUAGGAUUCUUAUCCCUAUUGUCACUCUGUCUUGCUUCCUUUAUCAUCUUCUUCUUCAUCUUCUAUUCUCCAAACCAUUUUAGGGUUGGAACCCAACAUGAUCUGAUCAAUCAAAAAACCAUCCUCAUUAGCCCUAACAUCAAUAAUGGAGGUGGUGGUGGUGGAGAGGAGUACUGUGACUUGUUCAAGGGAAAAUGGAUUCAGGACCUGAAAGGAUCGCUUUAUACGAACUGGAGUUGCAGAACGAUACCAGAUUCCAAGAACUGUGGGCAAAAUGGGAGGAAGGACUUUGAUUUCCUGCAAUGGAGAUGGAAACCUGAUGGCUGUGAACUCCCUAGGUUUGACCCAAACAUUUUCCUCAGAAUUGUUCAUGGGAAGAAACUCGCCUUCAUCGGUGACUCCAUUGCUCGCAAUCAAAUUGAAUCUCUUCUCUGCCUCCUCUCACUUGAGGAGACCCCAAUAGACAUUUACAAGGACUCCGAAGACCGAUUUUGGACAUGGUACUUCCCCUCACACGAUUUCACUCUCAUGGUUCUCUGGUCCAAAUUCCUGGUGGUCGGAGAGGAAAGGGUAAUCAAUGGUUCACUCUCUGGGGAGUUCGACUUGCACCUGGACAGGAUCGACAACAAUUGGGCCAGUAAACUUCUUGGUCUGGACUAUGCCAUCAUAUCUGAUGCUCACUGGUUUUUCCGGAAGAACUAUCUGUAUGAGGAUGGUAAACUCAUUGGUUGCAUAUUCUGCAAUGAAGCAAACCUCACUGAUCAUGGUUUAGUUUUUGCAGUCCAAAGGGUUUUUCGAACUGUACUGCAAUACCUCAAUUGUAAGGAGUGUAAGGGCCUACUUGCCUUGAUAAGAACUUUCUCCCCAGCCCAUUUUGAGAAUGGAACAUGGAAUGAUGGGGGAAACUGCAAUAGAACAAAACCUUUAAAGGAGGAAGAAGCAAACUUUGAAGGUACCGAAUGGGAACUCAGGAAGAUUCAAGUAGAAGAAGUUGAGACAGCAAGAAAGCAGGGAGAGAAGAGGACCAAGUUUGGGGCUUUGGAUGUGACAAGAGCCAUGUUGAUGAGGCCUGAUGGACAUCCAGGGUCCCAUUGGAACAACAAAUGGAUGGCAGGUUACAAUGAUUGUGUUCAUUGGUGCUUGCCUGGGCCAAUUGACUCAUGGAAUGAAUUGUUGCUGGCUGUACUGAGCAGAGAGAAAGAGAAUGGUGGUGGUUCAUUCCUGAACUAAAUCAUACCAUACAUUAAUUUUACAUAAUAUAUAGAGAGAACAAAAUCCUCAUUCAUUUAAUGGUGGUGGAAUAAUUGAUUUGUUUUAAUCAGAUUCUU